UGAACGUGUUUUGAAUUCUUGUUGAUCAUAAUGGAUUUUGACGUUUGUUCACAGUAACAGUGGUCUGAUUUUAUUUAGUACUAUACAGUGUUACAUUAUGAUUAGCUGUUAAUAUCAUUCAAAUGAUUUGACAACAGAAUCUGUGAACGCUAACCAUGGAUUCCACGGACAAGAGGAAAGCAGUCGACAAGCGAGUGUUGAAUCUCGCGUCAGAAGUCGCAGAGACGCGCGACAGACGAGUUCCACUUCUGUUGUUGAAGCUUGAUGCUAUUUUAGCGAGUGCAGACGCUGGCAGCAAUGAGUUUGCUGAGAUAUGUCAAGACAUCUGGGAGUAUAACCUGAUACAAGUUCUCACUCUGGUCCUGAGACAAGACUACAGCAUAGUGGAAGGGCAAUGGACGACUGGUGCCAAACUGGUCAAGAUUCUCAGCCGAGCUGCUGGUGGAAUGAACCUCUCUCGACGGGAGAUGCAGGACUUUCGAGAGACUCAUCUGCCUAGAGCCAUCGAGCACAUAUUCCUGCUGUGUCGCAGAAUCCUGGCUCAACUCUCGUUAACAGAGCCCAAGCUCUCUGCCUCAGCCACCAAAGAAUUGCAGAAGAACUUCCAGGAUAUUCUUGAUUGUGUCGUCUUCCUGACAGGCGUACACGUCAACCUGGUUGCUGAAGUGUUGAAAUCUCCCUGGCUGCUACAGCUUCUUAUAACAGAUGACCCUGUGACUGUCAUCGCCAUAGUUACCAUGCUGGACAAGGUCAUCAGGACUUACGGGGUUGCAGUGUCUCAGAUAGAUCAGAAGAUCGUCUACAGUAUCAUGGACGAACUCAUCUACAAACUGUCAGUUAACAACAAUCCAGAGAUUGCCAGGGCAGCCACUAAAUGUGUGGUGAGGAUGUGCGACUGUUACAGACUGCUAGCUGAAGUUCUCUGCACCAGAUACAAGGGGCUGAGACCACUCCUGGGGAGGUGGCAAGGAAAGGGGUUUGGUCGUGAUCUCAAACAGCUGCUCGUCAUACUCGACUCUGGCAGUUCCAGACAAGCAGAGAUGGUGAAAUUCCACCAAGCAGCCGUGCAGAUUCAAGCUGUCUGGAAGGGAUUCAGUACCAGGAGGAAACUACGCAAGGCAAACAAGGCCUUCGCAAAGUUCCAGAAAACGUACAGGUUAAAACGAGAUUUGAUGGAGAGAACGAGAGAGCAGUCUAAGAUCGAGUCUGACCUACAGUACCGACUGAAGAUGAACAGGCAGCGGAUUCUGCGCGAGUUCAAACAGAAGAAACUCUACUUGAUGGAAAUCAUGCCAGCUUAUCAAGUUGAAAGAUUCCUGGAAAAAGAAAAAGCUGUUGCCAUCAUCAAAAUACAAAAGGUUUGGCGAGGCCAUAAGGAACGCCACCUACUUCCUGCGAGACAAGAAUUAUCUCGACAAGUUAAAGCUGCCAUCAAGAUUCAAAGAACGGUUCGCUUGUGGUUGGAGCGGAUCAACAAAAAGAAGGAAGACGUCCCUGUGUCACUGAAACCAGCCGGACUGACGGACGAACGUCGCGUGGAACUCCACAAACAAAUAGAAGAACAUCGGGAGAUGUAUCCUACUUCUCGUAAGACGAGAGAUGAAGUUGAAGAAAUCCACAAGAAAGCCGCCGAGAUGCUGCAUCGUCAUUACGUGUCGGUCAAGUCCAACAGGAAGGCUCAGCUUCACCGCGAUGCACUUCUUGCCAGGCUCGAAACAGACUCGGAAUUAAUACUGCUGGCUCCCAGCCUGAAGGAAGUGAAAGAGGAUGACGUGUACAUGUACUCUAGCCGGUCGGUGCCCGUGAUGGUCAAGGCGAAGAUGAACCACAAAGAUAUUCUACACAAACUGAGUCAGCCCUGGUGGAAGAGACUGGGAGAGGAGGAUGAUGAAGCCAUUGAAGCCUUACAAGACGAAUUCGACUUGAUGCAGUUUUAGAUGGAGACCACUCAGGACUUGAGGGACUUCUCACAUAAAUAAUUUGAGCAGUAUUUCUGUAAAAUACAUUCAGGUCGUUGCUGUGUGUACAUGCAGACGUCCACUUGUUUGUGGUAGCUGUACAAAGGUUUUUGGUACCUAUACUGGCAUGUGCUAUAAAAUUCUCCUACAGAUGGAGUUGGAACCAUAUAUCUUUGUCAAGAUCAGCCAUUUGUAGACAAAACACCUAACUGUGAUUCAUCGUUGCAUACCCUGAUAACGUCUUUUGAAAUUGGUCCUGUGCAGAGAUACGGUAUUGAAUAUUGUGAGGACAGAUAUGUAAUCAUCAUGUCUGUCACAGCUUUUAUUACACACUUGGUUAUUUUCAUCUCAGAAAGGUCAAGCUCACUCUUCUGGCCAUUCAGCAUGGCUUUCUGCCAUUCAGCAGCAAAGAGAUUUUUGAAAGACAUGUUUCCACAGACAGCACAUACCACACCAUUUGAUGUACCAAAGGGCAGGAUUUAGCUCAGUUGGUAGAGCACUCACCUGGCCUGGUGCAUAUAAACCAUUUAGAGUCUAGACUCGAGAAUCCAAUAAGAGUCUGAGACACUAAUGUGAUGACAACGCCAUACAAAUUGUAUGCGUGUGUGUGACGUCAUUAGAGAUUGAGUCUGGACUCUAAAACGUUUAUAAGCGCGGGCCUAGGUGUGCUUGAGUGGUAGGAUCAAACCUCCCAGACAGACCCAUUUGGUUUUUCCUGCCACAAACAAUGCCCCCCAAAAAAGAUAUGUCAAAAGCCAUGGUAUGUGGUGUCCUGUUUGUCGGAAGGUACAUACAUCAAAUUACAGAAGUUUCAUUUUAUUAUAUAUGCUUGUUUUAAAAUGUCAUUACAAGACCUUAAAAACAAGAACAGUUGUUAUUUAUAUCAUUUUAUCCUAUCCUAUAAGCAUCAUUUGUGCUUUCUUUAAAGAAAAAUAUCCACAAUAAUUAACACAAUAUCAAGGAACUAUUUUUAGUUCAUGAUGUUACUAUUGAUCUGUCAAGUGUUAUAUACUUGUUAACUUCCUUACAUCAUUCUGUGAUAAAACCAGGGGCCUAAUUCACUAAACUCUCGCAACGUUAUGAUCUCGCAGUGCAAUGCUAAAAGACUUGCAAAGAGGAUGCUUUGUUGUCUAGCAGAGCCUAAGAGACCUUUGUGAAUUAGGUCCCUGAUCUACAAUGACUGAACCAGUGGCAGUCAAGUUCUACGUUUAUCAUAUCAUGUAAUCUAUAUUUAUAUCUCAUCGGUGUUAUACUUGUUGUACUGUAUUUGUCAAUGCAAGAAAGGUUUACAAUUAAUUUUGUUACUGUGCAGAUCCGUCCAUCUUAUUUUGAUAUUAAAUAUACAUGUAUCAUGAUA